UCAGCGUCCAAACUUCCCUUCGCCGGAAAAAGCAUUCGCUCGUCGCGGCUAUCUCUGGCGCCGGAGACAAUCAAUUUUCGAGUGAAUCUUUCUUUGCAUAAUGGAUGUCAUGAAGCUUCUAAAAGAUUACCCCUUUGCUACACUACAAGAUGUGGAGCAGCAAGUCCUCACUACUGGCCCAGAUCUGUGUGGGUAUCACAGCCCUUCUUACCUCAGCUCCCGUAUGGAUAGCAGUAUUCAUUAUAUCAGUAAGGCACGAGAAACAGAAAAAGUAAAAGGCAGAGAACACGUUGAAGCUGGGCCUUUACUUCAUGUGCAUUCAGUACAUGUACAACCAAAACAAGCUCUAAGAAACAGACCACUUCUUGUAUAUGGUACGAUUCGGGUUAACUAUGAAAAGAGCGGAAAACCGAUGCAGCUUGAUGUUUACAACCGAAGUGCUAAUGAUGCCGACGACAUUAGCCCAAGUGGUGGCGAUUUAUCUCUUGGUUGGCCUAAUGCUUUUUGUGAUAGGAAUGAUAUGUGGAUGGAAUUGCACGGAACAACUAUAGAAGUGGAUCUCUAUUUCAAAAUUGGGGAUGAGGUUGUUACGUUGGCUCAAGAGGAAAUUUUGGUGGAGGAUACAACUGAAGGUGAUUUUGAAGAAGUGAGAUCAAAAGAAUUCCAUGGCACACUUUGCUCGGCUACCUUGAUUUACAUUGCUAUGCCAUUUGCUGCUCUUUGCAAAGUGCAUGUAAGAUUCUCUAGCAAAGAUAAGGACCGGAUUGUUAAUGUUGCUGGAAAAAUUGUUGCGCGAUAUAAGAACACUUAUGGAAACUAUGAUUCAGAAGCCUGCGUUCUUUUUGAUAAGCAGAAUGACUUUGAACCUGUAAAGAUGAAUAAUAACAUGAGUAUGUCGAGAACAUUGAUGGGGUUGCCAGCAUAUUCGUCACUUGAAAUUAAUCUGGACUUGAGGGACUUCAACACAAACAGAGAGCUUGUUAGAAAAAGAGUGGAAUUGUUAGACUGGAAUGGUUUAUAUGCAGGUAAGUAUGCAGUGGCUGUGGAUGGGUUUGCCAUUAUUGUGGAUGCGAGAAAGUUUUCGUACCGACCUGUUAAGUGGCGUCACUGGAGUGGUUCAGAAGAUGAGCUUGUCCGUUAUCUGCAGUCUGAUAAUGAAUCAUCAUCAACAUCAUCAUCGUCCAACAAUGACAACCCUCGGUGCCAUCAUCAUUGUGAAGAAAGUAAACUGUAUUCAUCAGAAUUAACAGAAGUCUACUCAAUCUUCAUCGGUCGUAAAAGAAAGGAGGCAUUGAAAAUUUUGGGCACGGUUGAGUUGUCUUCCGAAUAUCAUACUACUCAGCACUAUGUAUUCAAGAGUACUGGUAAUGAUGGGGUGGAAGUAGAAGAUUCACAGAAAGUUUUACCAAUGAUGGAUGUGUAUAUGAGUUCUGUGUAUAUGACUUCUUACGCGUCUAGCAUGCUGGAUUUGAAGGUCAAUCUCGAAGAUGUUGGUGGGAAGUAUCAAAAUAGAGGUUUUGCUAGUUAUGAUAGUAAUCGCUCAGAUUUUUUAAUAUAUUAUGACGCCCAAAUGUGUUCUAUUUUUCCGGGCAAAGAUGGGUUUUGUGCAUUUGAGAAAGUAAUCCUUAAUUAUUAGACGUCGGAAAAAUUAGUUUUAAAAUACAUUGACAAUGUCAAUCUAAUUCUACUUUUAAAAUAUAUUUUUAUUGCUACUUGUAAUUUGAGUUUCUAAACUUUUGAUCUUUUAUAAGGAUGAGAUAUUUUAAUAAAAAUACUAUCUCUUCUAUAUAUUGAUUAUCUAAAUUUAAUUACUUUUAAAUGUAUAUCUAUAUUAAAUAUUUAUUCCAAUG